ACACCGAGAGAUCGCCAAGACAUUUUUGAAUACUUAAUAAGUUCUGAAACGCACCCACAGACUUUCAGUCGGUUGUCGCCGCCCAAACCGAGUGCAACAAGUGUCUGAAGAGUCUCCCGGAAGUGAACGAAACGGAUGCAGCAAAGUGAACGUUAUCUGUGUUUGAAGUAGAUUAACCCAAAAAGUGUCAGCAUCUUGUGCUUCAAGCAGUGUGAACAUGCCAGAAUAUAAGUAUUUGUCCGGUUUUGGGUCUCACUUCUCGUCAGAAGAUCCCCGAUGUCCAAAUGCCCUGCCAGAGGGUCAAAACUCACCGCAAAAGUGCGCCUAUGGACUAUACGCCGAACAGCUGUCGGGCAGUGCUUUUACGGCGCCCCGUACAGAAAAUACGCGCUCCUGGCUGUACCGUAUCCGACCAUCGGUGGUCCAUCAACCAUUCGUCCGGUACGAAGGUGUGGCUCCGUACUUGCGCGGAACCGCCUGGGAAGAGCAGCACCCGAACCCGAACCAGAUGCGUUGGAACCCGUUCGAUUUGCCUGCCGCGGGACUUGAAGUAGACUUUCUAUCCGGUUUACAUACGGUCUGUGGAGCAGGCGAUGUUCGCGCUCGGAAUGGGCUUGCAGUGCACGUCUACCUGGCUAACAGCUCGAUGAAGGACACGGCAUUUUACAAUAGCGAUGGAGACUUCCUCAUAGUUCCCCAGCAAGGCGCUCUGGACAUUACCACCGAGUUUGGUCGCUUGUAUGUGGAACCGAACGAAAUCUGCGUCAUUCCGCAGGGUGUACGAUUCACCGUGGCACUGGAAGGUCCGUCCCGUGGUUACAUCCUAGAGGUGUACGACGGUCACUUCCGGUUGCCCGAUUUGGGUCCGAUCGGAGCGAACGGCUUGGCGAAUCCACGUGAUUUUCUCGCACCUACCGCAUCUUUUGAGGAUCGCACCGUGGACGGGUAUCGUAUUGUGUCCAAAUACCAGGGAGCCUUGUUCUUGGCCAAACAGUCCCACUCCCCCUUCGAUGUAGUUGCCUGGCACGGGAACUAUGUGCCGUACAAGUACGAUCUGGCUCGGUUCAUGGUGAUCAACUCGGUCAGCUUCGAUCACUGUGAUCCGAGCAUUUUCACCGUGUUGACCUGCCCAAGCAAUCGACCAGGCACAGCGAUCGCCGACUUUGUUAUCUUCCCUCCGAGAUGGUCUGUCCAGGAGGGUACCUUCCGGCCACCAUACUACCAUCGUAAUUGCAUGAGUGAGUUCAUGGGACUAAUCUUCGGGCGCUACGAAGCUAAAGAAGGAGGCUUCCUGCCGGGCGGAGCUUCCCUGCAUUCCAUGAUGACACCACACGGUCCGGAUCAUCGGUGCUUCGAGGGUGCGUCCAACGCGGAGCUCAAACCGGAACGCAUAGCCGACGGCACCCAGGCGUUUAUGUUCGAAUCGUCCCUGAGCAUGGCCGUCACCCGGUGGGGAGAACAGACGUGCCAGAAACUAGACGCUCGCUAUUACGAGUGCUGGCAGGCGCUGGAGAAACACUUCCAUCUGUAACGCCGGGACGUGCUUUCGGAUUAGUCGCAUUUUGCGCCUAGGCUUUGGUUGUUUAAUUUCCGAGUUUGUUUUAUUAUCCUGUAUUUUCACAUCGAACUUAGUGUUUCGGGUUUCCGUUGAGUCAGUUAGAUAUUCGUGAUCUAUUUCUGUUUUCUUUUGCUCAAUAUUUACGAAUAAAAUUCUUUCACAAGCAAAGUAUUUUUUCAAAAUCAUACAUGUUUGCCUAUCGCGACCACCUCUUCGCGGUCCUUGUCAUGAAAUAAUUAUGAUAAAGUGAUUCUUUGCUUUUUGCGUUGUGCUGUUCGAUACAAUAAACCGUGCACGGUCAGCCAAACACCUUCCCAUAGAAACACGUCUAUUCUUUGACUUAUGAAACAGGUUUUGUAAGUGAUUUAAUAUUAUUUUAUUUUUAUUCUUUGUCUUUCAAGUGUGACAUCCCUCUCUUGCUAUGUAUCUCAGCGCUGUUUACCGUUAAACUUAGUUCCUUCGCAUACUUUGGACAAUUUGCUUUUAUGGUGUUUCGUAUCUUGUGGGAUGUGUUUUUCACUUUUUUUGUUGUUGUUAUAGAUAUUGACCAGUCACCAACAUCCGGUUUUGUUUUUCUUUCGUUUUAAAAAUGCUAGUUAUUAUUGCGUAGUUCUCUCUCACAUUUCCUUCCGUUCGUACAGAGUUUUAUGCACAAAAAUAUUUGAUUUGGUUUAAGGUUCAUGACUAUUAAUGCCACUAGGCAUUUGCGUUCACCGUUUGUUGUACCGACACCCUCGGCCAGCAUAGGCGAUAGGCACAGACAAAUUUCCAUAUUUACACCGUCAGAGAAACAAAGCGGAGCAAUGCGAUGUGAAAGCAGAGUGCAAGGAAGGUAUGUGGCUCGUCAAACGACGUUCACAGUGUAGGCGCCAUGCUAGAAUGUCUGUAUGGAAAAGGACUUUAUGUGGCAUUGUUUAUUGUGGAGAUGAAAAAAUCGCAAUAAACUAAAGAUAACGCUAUGUUU